AUGACGGAAGGGAGCCCAAGCUGCUCGGCUAUUGUAUGCAUGGUGCAUGCGUGCAUCGCACGCACACGCGGCGGAGAUAGCGGACGUGUCGAAGACUACGGUGGAGGACUAGUACGGCUACGUACGUUGUCUCUGUUCGAAGCAGCUGCUCAGUGA